GAGUCGCGGUGCGUGCUGUACGACGCGUAUUACGUGCAGCGAAGCAAAUAAAUAUCUUCAGAUCAACUCCACAAGUGAGCGUUCGUUGCAAUUGCUAUAUGUAUACACGUAUACUGCGUGACGUCGUCCUACUUUUUCCGACGCCCGUGCACCCGACACGAAAAGAGUGCGCUAUCGAAGGCUUACUUUAUAAUACGAGUCAUACACCAAAGCUUAAUACUUACAUCCUAACCGCCGAACUUGGGAUUGAGGGGUGCUGUAUGGAGCGUAAGUAGUGAUGGGAACGUAAAUGGGUUGUGCAACUAGCGCUCCCCUUGUAAAUGAGACGGAGCAUUUACAAGGAAGUAAGCAAUAUGGUAUUGACGGGGGCAAUGAUCAAUUGGAACGGAGCAGCUCUAACAGGGAGAAGUCAUUUGCGUGCGAGUUAACCGAGCUUGUAAACGAAGCCAUAAAUGGCUCUAAGCCAAAGGACGUCUGGAUCAUUCUUUGCAAAUGUGUCGAUCUUAUAUGUUCUACCUUUGACAUCAAAACAUGCAGCAUCAUUAUUUACACACCGAGCGGACUUCACUGCAAAAUAUCCUGCAACACGGGAUCAGUGUUAAACGACCUUAUUCAACAAUACCCGGACGCGCUGCCUGCGGAUGCGCUGGGCGUGGUCACCCCGGUUGUUACGAG